AUGCAUCUUUCCACUUUUGGUCAGGCUCAUAUCUUCAUUACGCAACCAUCGGCGGCGAUACAAUGGAAAGACACAUGUACGAACAGGAAGAUUGCCCUCGUAGCAAAAUCCUUAAUCAUUUGUUUGUUCACGCUUUUGGUCGACGGUUUUGGAGCUCCUGGAAUCAUUCCUCCCGAGUCAUUUAUUGCUGAAAGAUGGUACCCAUCAAAUUUGCCGACCGUUAUGCCACCAUGGAAAAUGCCAGGCGUGGAUAUUGAGAACUUCCGUACAGCGAGACCCCAUAAUCCUCCAGGAUCGGUAACCUCUACUACAACAUUACCAAGCCCCACCGGAUCAUUGCCGAUGCCGCCUGGAACGUCUCCAGAUAAGCCCGAGAGUACUGGACCUCAUCCACCCGGCACGCCCCCCUCUCCUCCAACUGAAGUCGAGAACACUACAGAAUCAUCGGGUUCGAUGACUCUCACUGUUACAAUGACCAAUAGCGAACCUCCAACAUUGAUAAAUGAUUCGGAUUUUGGCUCAUUGACAAUUUUGUCUCCUGACUUUGAAGACAUUACCAAGGUUGACAAUUCGACACAACCUGACGAUUUGAUGGAUCUUCAAAUGAAUUUGCACGAAAGCCUGAAUAGCCAUAUCGAGGGAAGUGCUGAGGAGGAAAUCAAUCAAGAAGUGACAAGUAUGACCACUGCCACAUCGGAAACCACUACGGUGACCACAACGACGACUGAAGAAACAACGACUACUGAAUCAACUACUACAAGUACGACAACGACAACUACAACUGAGCCAACUACUACGACGACUACAACUGAGCCAACUACUACGACGACUACAACUGAGCCAACUACUACGACGACUACAACUGAGCCAACUACUACGACGACUACAGAAAGUUCUACGACAGAGUUAACUACUACUACAACUGAACCAACAACUACUGUGGUUAUCAAGCCUGCUCAGUUAUUGCAUUCAGCCGAGUUACUUGAAGCUACCUCCAUUGAAACUACUAAAAUUGCAGAGAAAGAAUGCAAAGACAUUUUAUUCCUUCUUGAUUCCAGUGGUAAUGUCGAACAGCAGUAUGAGAAGCAGAAGCGUUACAUCGAGAGGAUUGUUGAUCAACUUGAAGACAACAAUAAACGACGCUUGGCGCUAAUCACAUUUUCCGGACGAUCACGACAGCGAAUUGUAGUGCCGCUGUCAAACGAACCAAACGCGCCCAAAUUUAUUGCAAAACUUAAAAGGGCGAGAUUCCUUCGUGGAAUCACCGCCACCGGUUCGGCGAUCUCCGCAACAACGCAAUACAUUCUGCAAAAGGGCAGAAAUGUGCAGGUUGUUGUGGUCACUGAUGGUUUCUCAUUUGACGAUGUACAACAACAAGCGGAAGCAUUGAGGUCGAUUGAUGGUGUUGAAGUAUAUGUCACUGGCCAGUACUUCCCAAUCGUAAAAAACGUGCUGGUUUCAAUUGCUGGUUCAGAUAGACGCAUCUUUUUCAACAGUAGAGAAUCAAAGCUAAUAGAUGCUUUGAAAUGUUAG